CUGGUUACUUGCCGAUACGCAGUCGAACGGCAACAGAUGCCAUCAUUACAUGCCCGUCUGAUCGGCUUCGCCCCUAUGUUAUAACGACCCGAUUUCCCUCUAUGCUGAUCCAAAUCCUCUGGAAUUCCAACCAACUAAUCCUCCUGCCAGUGUGAGCGCUACAUAUGAAUCCUGUUCAUCCUCCCGUGCUAGUCGUAGGCGCUGGGCCAGUGGGUCUGGUAGCAGCAUUGACACUCCGCCAAAACGGUAUCCCAGUUCGUAUCAUCGACAAAGACCCUAGCCCCCGCUUCGGACAGCGUGGUCCUGGAAUAUGGCCACGCUCCCUCGAACUCUUCAACUUCCUGAACGUUCCAGAAGUUAAUGAUAUGGGGAAACCAGCCCCUCCCAUCCGUUCAUACAAGCCCGGGACGUUUGAAAUUCUGAAAGACUCUUUGAUAGCCCCGCAUAUGGAACCUACCCCAGCCAUACCAUUCCAUUGCUACAAAAUGAUAGGUCAACAGCUCCUAGAUGUGGUUUUGAGAGGUCACCUAGAGAAGUUCUCUUGCUCUGUCGAGAUGGGCACCGAACUGUGCUCGUUCGCGCAGUUUGAUGAGGGCGUUAUCGCGGUUGUAGUAAAGAACGGCAUAUCAGAGACUUUUGAUACCAAAUGGAUCAUCGGCGCUGAUGGUGCUAAAGGUGUCGUGCGCAAGCAACUUGGGCUCACGUUUUUGGGGGAGACUAGAGACGAUAACUGCAUUGUGACAGGGGAUAUCCGCCUAAAGGGCGCUGGUCUCGAUAGAAUGCAUUGGCACAACUUUGGAAACUUCAAUGGACGAGGCCUCUCAUUGCGUCCAACAGACGAAAUUGGCGAGGACGGCUGGCAGUUUUUCAUCUUCGGCCGCGAACUAGACCUAACGAAGAUCGCUGAGAACGAGGAGCUUGUCUUCGAGACCAUCGUAUCGUUAUUACCAACAGAGAUUAUGUUCUACAAACUGGUUUGGAUGACCUACUUCAGGGCCAAUACCCGAAUGGUAAAUAAGUUUAGCGAGGGUCGAGUGUUUGUUGCGGGCGAUGCUGCUCAUGUCCACAGUCCAUCGGGUGGUCAGGGACUCAAUUCAGGUGUACAAGAUUCUUUCAAUCUAGGAUGGAAACUUGCGCUCGUCGAAAAAGGACUCGCCGACAAGUCUCUUCUCGAGACAUACAGCACCGAGCGUUUGCCUGUUGUCUUUGAGAUGCUCGAUGUGACCACCUUGAUUUUCAACAAGGUAAUCACGUCGGGAGACGUGUCGAUCGGACGAAGCCCCAUCCUUUUCAUGCUCGGCAUCAACUGCCGCUUCAGUAAUAUCGUCCUGGAUGAAUUUGUGCCUCCAGUCGAGGGGAAGCCUAUCAACGCCUACGGGGUGCUUGACGAGGGACAUCUGGAGGCAGGAGAUAGGGCGCCUGAUGCUCCCAAUAUGCUCCUUGUGGGGCGCGGAGAGUCUGACGUGAAGACACUUUUCGGUCUGUACAGGCCCUGGUACCACACAAUACUUGUGUUCGCGCCGAGUCUCGCUGAUGCUAGCCCGAUCAUGGAAGCACUGGAGGAAUGGGACAAAAGUGUCGUGCGAUUAGCAGUCGUUCUGCCUUCAUCGGCUCCAGUGACGCCCGCCGCAUCUCCUGCUGACCUCGUUCUUGUUGAUCAGGAGGGUCAUGCUUAUUCGGCUUACCUCAUGGAAGUUGGCCAGACAAAAGUGUUUGUGAUACGGCCGGAUGGAGUGGUUGGGGCGAUUGUUCAUGGUGCGGAGGGCGUGAAGAAGUAUUUCUCGAAUAUAUUUUUGGAUGCGUAGUGAUCGAAUAUUCAUUCUUUACUUACGUUUAUUUACAAGGACAACUCAGCCCUGUAUAUCUCAAUCAACCUGGUGUAUAACGUUUGUAACUAAAAUAAAAUAUAGAGCCACACACCAGUGGAGGCCGCCUUCAUACAG